UGCAUGUUUUAGACUCUGCAGCUCAACAGAAUGCUGGACAUGGCACAGCAAACACCUUUACUAUCGUGUACUGCUGGAGUUAUCUGACAACCAGGUGAGGAUGAUCGAUAUAUUGAUAAUAGGGGGAGGUCCCCACGCCUUGACCUUGGCCAGCCUGCUAUCAACUCCGCCCCCUGACCCCAAGCCUGCAGAUGACUCCGCCCCCUCCCGGCAGGACCUCGACCCCAGGCCACACCCUACCAGGGGCCAGACCCAGCCCAGAGGCAGGAGAGACAAGAGGAAAGCCCCUGCUAAGCAGAGAGUUGAAGAGUGGACGCUACCACCGGAGGGGGGUACCACCCCUGCCCUGGAACUCCGGGUGGUAGACUCCUAUGGGACAUGGGCGUCUCUGUGGGAGAGUCAGUUCGCUGCUCUGAACAUCCCUCACCUGCGCUCACACACCCUCGUCCACACAGACCCCUUUAACAAGAAGGCCCUGCAGGACUUCACGGUGCGUCAGGGGCGGACAGCGGAGCUCCAGAGCCUCCCCGACCUGGGCUUCAUCCUGGACGAGAACGCCUACUUCAGUGACUCUCGGCUGGGCAGGAAGGAGCAGAGGCGCCUGCACAUGUCCAGCAGCCUGAAGAGGAACCUGUCCGUCUGCCUGCCAGGGACACGACUCUCUGUGGACUUCUUUAAGGAGCAGGUGGAGAGAUACGGGCUGGACAGAGUGCUGCUGGAGGGGACCGUGGACUCCAUCACCCCUGUGAUGAUGGAGCAGGAAGAGGAGGAGAAAGAGAGGAGGGUGAAGUACUUCCGGGUGCUUCUCCAAGGGGGGGUCACGGUGGAGGCCCGGCAGGUUGUCUUGGCGACGGGGCCAACCCGGGCCCAGAUGGCCAACAUCCCCGGUUGGGUGGAGGGCAUCUCGGAGGACUAUCCGGAAGAGCGUCUCCAACACAGUGUCAGCCUCAUGCACCACCUGGCCAGCGCCCGACAUGCAGGGCAGAGCCCAGACGUGGGCCGGGUGUGUGACGCGGGCCAGAGGCUGAUGGUGGUGGGGGGGGGUCUGACCAGCGCCCACAUCGUGUCCAUCGCCCUGGAGCAAGGAGCCAGUCAUGUGACCUGGGUGAUGAGGAAGCACCUUCAGCUGAAGCAGUUUGACGUGGGCGACGUGGAGGGCCUGGUAGGGCGGUACUCACACGUGGAGCACGGCAUCAAGCUGGACGGACGCGCCCACCUCAGCCAGUUCUACGGGGAGAAGAGCCUGCAGCGGCGGCUGGCCAUGAUCCGGCAGGCCAGGAAGGGCGGAGCGGUUAGCCCCGAGGCCUACGUCCAGCUGAAGCCCUACAUACAGAGCGGACGGGUGGACCUCAAGACCUACCGCCAGGUGAGCGAGGCCAAGUGGUGCUACAGGAGACAGGUCUGGAGCGUGGCUCUCUGUGACGGCUCCGGGUGGACUGGGGACCGCAUCUGGCUGGCUACAGGCUGCAAGCUGGACGCCAGACACGACCCUCUGCUCUCUGGGGUCAUGAAGGAGUACCCUAUACAGGUGAUGGAGGGCUGGCCCUGUGUCACCCCGGCCCUGCAGUGGGCCCCUGGCUGCCCUCUCUACGUGAUGGGCCAGUACGCAGCCCUCCAGGUGGGACCUCAUGCGGUGAACUUGGCGGGAGGACAGGCGGCCAGCCUGCGCAUCGCGGCGGACAUCAUGCGCCGGCGCGCCAGACUUAUCGGGGUGGAAUCGAACACGCAACUGCACAGCUAUGCGCCGCUGCUCGAAUCAUACGUCCAGCAGAUGCACGGCCUGAUGUGGCUGUGAGGAGGACGACGACGAUGAAGAGGAUGAUUCUGUGGAUCGGUAGUGUUUGAUCCUCAUUGGGAUGAUUUAAAUGUGUUAUGUUACUGUGUUGACAUUGCGGUUGUUCGUGUUGCGGUUAUAAAUUCAAUUCAGCUUCAUUA